UUGAUGGCCUUGGUUUCUUCGGAGUUGGGACGUGGGGCCGUGCGAGCGCAUAUCUUGGUUCUUGCUUGCCCGUGCGUGCCCUUGUGCUGUUUCUUGCUCGACGGCUGCUUUUUCUUGACUUCCGAUGCGCCCGUUGGGGUCGUUUCGCUUUGGUGCUUCUUUGAUGUUCCUUUACUCCGCUUCAUCUGGUGUAUUUUGUGAUCAGAUGCUGCUGGUUUUGUCCUUCGUCUUUCUUUUGUUACACAGGAACACAGGAUUCGUACGUGCGGGCUUGUCUUACUUUUUCUGCAUUUUUUCCCUUUCUUUUUUGUACAUUUCGGUGCUGUUGGAUGCACUUUUCUACUGUUACUGGGGCAAACAUUUUCUUAUCAGUAUCACCCUAUUAUAUGAGAACUUUUGGCGAGUUAUUUAUUUUAGAUCUACAUCCAUUUGUUUUGGAUUGGAUCAGUUCCUCUUUGUGUGGUGUUCCUUUUCUUUCUUUUUCGACCGUUCCUUUAUUGUUUUGUUGAGUUUGCUAUAAACAUGUAGCAGCAGUGCAGCACUACAACCUCGUUGGCUUUUCCCCGCCUGUUCUUUCUGAGGAUUGUUUCCUAUAUGAGAUACUGUUCUAGCUGUGACCAUGUGUUUCUUUGUACCAACUACACUUGUGGAUGAUUCCUUUAUUUGCAAAAUGUGGCGCUGCAGUUGUUCAGGACCAGCCAUGGCUGGAGAAGCUGAUGGAAACAUCCAAACAGGCUCAAGAUUCCCCCCUGCUGUUCUCAAUGAGCGUAUCCUUUCUUCCAUGUCCCAGAGACAUGUUGCUGCUCACCCAUGGCAUGAUUUGGAGAUAGGACCAGGGGCUCCUGAAGUUUUCAACUGCGUGGUUGAAAUUCCUAGAGGCAGCAAGGUUAAGUAUGAGUUGGACAAGGCAACUGGUCUGAUCAAGGUUGAUCGUGUUCUUUACUCCUCUGUUGUUUACCCACACAACUAUGGUUUCAUUCCACGCACACUCUGUGAGGAUAGCGACCCCAUGGACGUCCUCGUCCUGAUGCAGGAACAAGUUGUCCCUGGCUGUUUCCUGCGAGCUCGUGCUAUUGGGCUCAUGCCUAUGAUUGAUCAGGGCGAGAAAGAUGAUAAGAUCAUAGCAGUCUGUGCCGAUGACCCUGAAUUCCGUCACUACACGGACAUCAAGGAGCUUCCCCCGCAUCGCCUUCAAGAGAUCCGUCGCUUCUUUGAAGAUUAUAAGAAGAAUGAAAACAAAGAGGUUGCAGUGAAUGAGUUCCUCCCAGCAAAAGAUGCUAUCGAAGCAAUCAAGUACUCAAUGGACCUGUAUGGCUCGUAUAUCAUUGAAGGCUUGAGGAAGUAAUCUCCAGCUGCUCAAUUGCAGAUGCUACAUGAUCAACUCAACAGCUUACUGAUAGUACGACAUAUAUUAACAUGCGCGAACUUAAGCCAUGAAAGGGAUUUUACCUGCUGUUCAUGUUAAGACAAGCAGAAGUGCCUUUUCUUUCCAUUAUAUGCCAUGUCAAGUGCAAGCACUUGACCCUUAUGAAAUCUUUGUCAUCAAACCAACACUUGACAGAACGAUUGCCUGAUAAAAAAUCACGGUUACAUAAAUUCUUA